AUGGUUUACCCUGGGCAGGAGACUUUGCAUGAGGGUCACCGGAUCGGAGCUUGUCUAGAACUGCUUGGCUGGUUGGGCGACGUUGGCCUCCGCGUUGGUGUGGAUGGAAAGUAUGCGCUCAGGAUGCUCUGCAUGGAGGGAACGACUUGUCCAUAUGUUUUGUUACGUCAACGUCCAGUGUGCAGCACGUCUGAGAGGUGGGAUGCGAAGGAAGGGGCCAUGCAGGGUGUUUCCUUGGCUUCGACGAUCAAGAGUCAUCGGCGGGGAGCCUGGGGUGCUGAAUUUCAGAGCAAUUCAUCGGGCCAUUCAGGAUUCGAAGCGGCGCUCAAGACACUCCGCGUGGAGAGAACGACUUACCCAUAUGUUUUUCUUACGUCAACAUCCAGUGUGGAACACGACGAACUGGACGACAUAGAUGCGAGUGAAGAAACACGAUGGACGGCGCCUUCUUGGCUCCUGUCGAGAGGAUUCGGGGGAUCUGCUUUGGCAACUGGAGUCGGAGGAGAUCCGAAAGUGAGGGAGAGGCCAGAGGCAGGCGAAUUUCUGGAUUCGACUGUGGAGGGUGGAGAUUUCAGAGAAUGGAAUUCAAGCGCUGGUCAGUGGAUGGCGGCAAAGAAGAAGUUGGCUCGCGCACACAAAUGCCGUGAUUUGACAGACCCAAGAGCGCUGGCUCGGGGAGAUGCUCGCUUUGCCUAUUUUUCCUGCCUAGGAAGACACAGGAACGCCUUGGCAGCCUCUGAUAUCUCUCAAACGCCCAAUAGUGACAGUGGAUCGAGAGGUAUCGUAACGCUGUAA